GUUUCCUAACCGGUCCAUAAAUAUUGUAACACAACACGGAAAUUGAUAGCUCUAUUUUAAGGCGAACGACACAUAAACAAAAUUUUAAAGAACAGUAGUCCGAUUUAUUGGAGGAGCAGAGUGCGUUCGUGGAGUAAAUUAUAUAUUCGUUUAUUGAAGGAGCAGGGGACGCGUGCAGCUGUAGCGGAGUUUCAGGAUGCACCGGAGAGGCGUGGGCGCCGGGGCCAUCGCCAAGAAGAAACUCGCCGAGACCAAGUACAAAGAAAGGGGAAAUGUACUUGCAGAAGACCAGAUUGCUCAGAUGUCCAAACAACUGGAGACAUUUAAGACGCAUCUGGAAGAGUUUGCCAGCAAACACAAACAGGAGAUCCGCAAAAGUGCUCAGUUCAGAGUGCAGUUUCAGGAUAUGUGUGCCACCAUUGGGGUUGACCCUCUUGCAUCUGGAAAGGGUUUCUGGUCAGAGAUGCUAGGAGUUGGAGACUUUUACUAUGAGCUGGGUGUUCAGAUCAUUGAAGUGUGCCUCGCCCUGAAGCAUCGUAAUGGAGGUCUAAUUACGUUGGAGGAACUCCACCAGAGGGUGCUGAAGGGCCGAGGAAAAUUUGCACAGGAUGUUAGCCAGGAUGACCUAACACGUGCCAUCAAGAAGUUGAAAUCCUUAGGAAAUGGAUUUAGCAUGAUUCCAGUAGGUGGAACAUACCUGGUCCAGUCUGUGCCUGCAGAACUAAAUAUGGAUCACACUGUUGUCCUUCAGCUGGCUGAGAAGAAAGGCUUUGUCACAGUGAGUGAGAUCAGAUCCAGCCUCACUUGGGAAACAGAGCGAGCAAAGCAUGUAUUGGAACAUCUCCUGAAGGAAGGCCUCGCUUGGCUUGACACUCAGGCUUCUGGAGAGCCGCAGUACUGGCUGCCUGCUCUCUUCUCUGAACUCUACUCACGAGAUGUUAGCCCAGAGGAGGCCAGUCAGUUGAUGCCAUGAUGGAAUAUCAAGCUUGGACCCCUUCAGCCCUCCAACUACUUGAAUGGACCAUUUAAAUGGGAGUGAAAUGAAAACCCUGGAGCAGCACAGAUAGUCAUAAGAAAUCUGCCAUUAACACAUGCAUUUUAAAUAUACACCUUUUUUUUUUUAAAACUAUAUUCUAUAAAUAUAAUCUUAUAGAGUCCUUGAGAUGCCCCAGAUUUAUCUGUAUAGAAUGUGCAGCCCCCCACCCCAUUUUCAUAGUUCCUAUUGCACAUUGGUCAUCACCUACUGCUGAACCCUGGGUCUGGACACUCGUACCACACACUGGUUUUUGUUUUCUUUUUUUUUUCCUUGAAUUAAAUACCCUUUAUUAAAACCUCUACUGUUAACUAGGCAUUAAAAAUCAUAUAGUCAUGAAAAAUAUUCAGCUGUGGCAGAUAUACAAUAUAUGUAUUGUCAGAGGUGGCACACAAUGGACACUUCACUUGGGUGAACUGAGCGCAGGCCAGGGGACUUU